AUGGAAAACAGAAAGGAGAUGGUGAUGUUCAUUGAGGGAGGUCAGCUUGGCACGCUGGUUGGCAAGAUAGGCGCCAAUUUGUCAGAAGCAGUUGGAAGCCCCGUUCAAGAACCGCAGGAAAAGAUGAUCCACAGGAACAGCGCGAGCCCCAGGUCUGUGCCUUUAUCACGAGAAAGAGCGGAUGGGGAGGCGGAGGGCGCGCGGAGCGGCGUGUGCGGCGAUAUAAGGCCGGGCGGAGCUCUCCCCGCGGCGGAGCUCACCAACAAAGAGCACAGCAGCUCCGACACCGAGUCCGACUUCUACGAGGAAAUUGAUGUCAGCUGCACGCCCGAGAGCAUGGAAUACCCAAACGGAAAAGGUCGCAUCGGCGACUCUCCAAGUCAAAGCACUGAGAGCGGUGUGGACGCGGGGAAGACCAGCACGACCCAGAGUUCGCUGUCCUACGGGGCGGACCAGAUGCGCCGGUACCGAACGGCCUUUACGCGAGAGCAGAUCGCCAGACUGGAGAAGGAAUUCUACCGGGAAAAUUACGUUUCCAGACCCAGGAGAUGCGAACUGGCUGCCGCUCUUAAUUUACCGGAAACUACCAUAAAGGUGUGGUUCCAGAACCGCAGGAUGAAGGAUAAGAGACAGCGCCUGGCUAUGACGUGGCCCCAUCCCGCAGAUCCCGCCUUCUACACCUACAUGAUGAGCCACGCGGCGGCCACCGGGAACCUGCCCUACCCCUUUCCGUCCCACCUGCCCCUGCCCUACUACUCUCACCUCGGUGUGGGUGGCAGCUCGGGCUCGGCCGCCCCCUUCAGUGCCCCUCUGAGGCCUCUGGACACCUUCCGCGUCCUGUCCCACCCGUAUCCUCGUCCGGAGCUGCUCUGUGCCUUCCGGCACCCCUCCCUGUACCCCACCCCGGGCCACGGACUCGGCUCGGGGGGCAGCCCCUGCUCGUGCCUGGCCUGCCACACCGGGCAAUCAAACGGUCUUUCGCAGAGACCUUCCGGGUCGGACUUCACCUGCUCGCCCACCAGCAGGACUGACGCGUUUCUCACCUUCACGCCCUCCGUGCUCAGCAAGCCCUCCUCGGUUUCGCUGGACCAGAGAGAGGAAGUACCUUUAACCAGAUAA